AUGCGUAGCUCCGAAGGAAUGGUAGAAACAGCUCGAAUUAGAGACUGGCACAACUUCGUAAAGCUAGGAAUAAAUAGCGUUGACGGUAAAGUCGAGUGGCAUCAAAUGCCAUCUGUCACCGUUAUAAUCACACUACUAACACUAGUGACCUCUACGGCUACUCUCAAUGUUCUGAUAUGGAGUAGUACAAUGGGACAGAGUCACAUAAAUUUCAUUGGCAACAUCGCUGAUACUUUACAGGAAGAUGGCCACAAUGUGACAUUAUUAUUCGUUGAGCUUGACCCAGAUUAUACAAUAGAUACCGGUACGAAUCUCGUCAAACAUAUAAUAAGGUAUAGCUCACCGUACUACAAUUCAGCCGACUGGCGUUCAUUAACCUUUAAACGGCCUACAGUAUUCAAUUCAAUACUUGGAAUGAACUUUAUUGAUUUAAUUAAAAUACAAAUGUACACAUACAGGAUUUGUAGAGGUAUGCUAGAAGAUCCUCGACUAAUCCCACUAUUGCGGGAUUCGAAAUUCGACUUAGGAAUUUUUGAGAUGUUCCACAGUUGUCCAGCUGGCAUAAUGGAGCUGGCAGGAAUACCCAAGACCAUGCUGGUAUCAGCAAUUGGUAUUGGUUACCAACACUAUCGUCUCCUGGGCAUGGAGAAGCAGUCGAGUUUUGUUCCAGACAACUAUAUAAAAUGUGGUGCACGGAUGUCAUUUUUGGAACGAUUGUAUAACGUUUUUAUCAAUGGAUGUGCUUACAUAUUCGCAAAUAUUUUUGAGUACUGUGAACAAUCUCUGUUCGAGGAAAAAUUCCCAGGUUUUAGGAGUUUGCACGAUCUGAUCAGGCUAAAAACUCUUUAA